UGAAAUUAUCAAAGAAUUAAUUGAAUUUCAAAUAUGAAAGCAGUUUUGAAAUUACUUAUAAAUAAAUUCGAAGUGGUUCAGAAAUCGGUUUAAAAUUGUGUGGAAAUCGAUUAGAUGCCCUCAAAAAUAUUAGAAAUGAAACGCAAACUAAAUUGUCGAUUAAUACAUUCAAAAAAAAGUUCAAAAAAAAGAAAAAUAUCCUCCUAUAAAAACGAGAAAUCUUUCCCAAAGAUCUUUUCACGAUACGAACGGUGAAAUAUGUUUGGUUUCAAAUGUUCAACUCGAACUCACAAAAUAAGUCGUUAAAGUGAUAACUCAGAUGAUAAAUUUUUUACUUUUUUUUCGCAAUACAUAUUUUAAAAUAAUAAUAUAAUGCCGAUGCCGAGAACUUUCGUAAUAUUUGGGGUAGCAGGGUUCGUAAUUAGUGUAUAUUAUAAUUAUCCAAUUUCCGAUAUAUUAUCAAAAUUUUCUUUUGAGAAGUUCAAUUAUUUGUGGACGAGUUUGGUUGCCAAAACAUCAUCUUACGAUGGCUACAGCUACAUGUUAGCUCAGCAGUGGCCCAUAUCGGCUUGUAUUUUGGAAGUCCAUCAAAAAAGUCGAGGAAUAUCUAGAACUACAAAAGACUGCAGAUUUCCGCCAUCGAUUCAAACCUGGACAAUUCAUGGAAUUUGGCCUGGCAAAAAAGGUGGAUCAUUUCCAUCAUACUGUGGAGGAAAGCAACUGGACGGAUCUGAUAUUUCAAAUAUCACCGAAGAACUGAAUACACGAUGGCCGACAAUUAAAAAUUUCGACCCAAAUAUAAAAUUCUGGCAAUAUCAGUGGCAUAAACAUGGCACGUGUUUCCAAGACGAACCAAGUCUGAGCACCCCGUAUUUAUAUUUCAGCAAAGCUUUGGAAUUAAACCGGAAGUAUGAUUUGAAUGCGGCAUUUAAGCACUGUAAAAUACUUCCCAACGAUUCCGUGAAAUAUUCUAGUAACGAUUUGAUAGGAUGUAUAAAAAACUACUUCAACUGGAAUGCUCAAAUUUAUCUUGCUUACAGCCGUGAUAACUCAUUCAGAAACGGCGAUAGAAUAUUAGUGGAGGUGCGAAUGUGUUUUGAUAAAAAUGAUACUGCCGCAGAUUGUUAUGCAGGCUCUCCGAGCGAAUUUUACUAUCCUAGCAGCGUUGAAAAUAAGUACUCGAGCAGUAUAUUUACCCGUUUCAUUGGUGGUUAAUGUUCGCAAUUGUGGCCGCAGAUUGUUAUGCAGGCUCUCCGAGCGAAUUUUACUAUCCUAGCAGCGUUGAAAAUAAGUACUCGAGCAGUAUAUUUACCCGUUUCAUUGGUGGUUAAUGUUCGCAAUUGUGAUCAUCUUUUGUCGAUCGCACUUUUCAAAAGCUAUCUUGUUCGAAAACUGCAAUUUGUUCUUUUCCUAAGAAAACGAUGACUGCUGCCAAUAUUUACUGCUUAAUAUCUGCGUAUUUAUCUUAUUUUAAACUGAUCUUAUUAAUUUGUAUUUUCUCUUGGAAUUGCGAGUUACUACCUGUGAUAUGUGCGUAUUAAUUAACUACUUAUCUAAAAUAUACAUAGACAUAGGUACAUAUGUACCUAUUAUUCUGUU